UGGCGACCACAAAGUGCGCCCUCAGCCUCACUCUGACGGUGAAACGAUCGGACUGUGUCAGGACGAGGGUAGAAACUGACAGGAAGGGGCUCGGUCCCGAGCUGUCGCCGUCCUCGUAAACGCUAUGUAAAGUAGAGGGAACUCGGUAUGUGCCGGGAGGCGACCGUGCCAGCCCAUCCCAAGCACCCGACCUUUCAAGCCUCACGCCGUAGGAGCGGCUUGGCGGGACGGACCGCAACUCGGAACGCAAUUUGCGCGGAGCGUGGUUUCCCCCCGAGCCGGCUCCGGGGCACGUGUCCCUGUGACGCAGGCGCUGUGCCCCUCAGACGGCAUGGAGGCCGUGGGUGUUGUGUGUGUGGCGGUGGCCCUCCUAGCACCGGGCAUCUUCUGGGCUUGGCACUUCUUGGAACGAAUGAAGAGUCAGGUGCAGGCUGGCCUGUUGGGAAGCGGAAGCCGGGCCCUCCUGGUGAUCGCGCACCCCGACGACGAAGCCAUGUUCUUUGCUCCCACUUUGCUAGGCUUGGCCCGCCUGAGGCACCCGGUGUUCCUGCUCUGCUUCUCUGCAGGUAUUUCCCAGAUGACCCGGGUGUGGAGUGGGACACAGAGCAUGUGGCCAGCGUCCUCCUCCAGCACAUAGAAGUGAAUGACAUCAACCUGGUGGUGACUUUCGAUGCCGGGGGAGUGAGUGGUCACCGCAAUCAUGUUGCUCUGUAUGCAGCUGUGAGGACCCUCCAUUCGGAAAGGAAGUUACCUGAAGGGUGCACGGUGCUCACGCUUCAGUCUGUGAAUGUGCUGCGCAAGUACAUCGCCCUUCUGGACCUGCCCUUCUCUCUGCUUCAUGCCGGCCAUGUCCGCUUCGUGCUGACCAGCAAGGAAGUGACACAGGCCAAGAGGGCCAUGUCCUGCCACCGCAGCCAGCUCCUGUGGUUCCGCCGGCUCUACGUGCUCUUCUCCCGGUACCUGAGAAUCAACUCUCUGCACGCCCUCUGAUCCCGGGACAAGGAGAGAAAGGACCAGGAAGCAGCCUGCUCGGGAGCUGGCUAUGUCCCUGAGCCGAAGUAGAGCCCGGUGUACCAGGACCCUGCUCCUCAGGGUAGCCAGCCCCUGACGAACGGAGGCCAUGCAGGCCGAAGGACUGUCUAAACUUCACUUUCUCCUCUGGGAAAAAACACACAACAACCAAAAACAAGCCCAAGGGUAACCAUA